ACAUCUUUUCAUAUUCUUAUGAAAGCACGCUAGUGGCAUCGGUGCACUCGAAAAGAUUCGUUGCAAUGGAUACGAUAUUAGAUGAAAGGUGCAUUCGUCCAGAAAUAUGUUUUUUGCAGUUGGACAAAACGUAUGGUUAUUAUAAUCGUACAUUGUAUACAGGAAAUGGCUACGCACGCAUUUACGCUAAAAGUAUUAUCAUGUAUAUCGAAUUGAUAAGCUGCAGCUUAGGAGGCGAAGGUUUCUUCUCUACCAUACUUUGUGGAAUCUCCAUACACGUUCUGCGAGUGAAUUUCGUCGUUGCGUGUUCGACUGUGAUGAGAAAAAACGGGACUGAUAUUAUCAUGCCUUUUAAGGCCUUUUCACGAUUUUAUCUAUACGCAAUGCAACAAACGGAUAGAAAGCCUAUUCACUUACAGCACGUAGAUUAUUAGCCAAUUAAUAUUGAUUUUGGAUGGAACUUGCUGCAUUACCUACUGUGCAUUUUCCAAUUCCUCUAGUCGGUUUGGACACUUCGUUCGCUGGACUUUGUUAGCUGUUUUUAUUCGGUCUGUACGUAAAUAAUUUGAAGGCGAUAGGUCAAUCGCUUACGUGUCAUCGUGUGCGUUAACGGGAUCUGGGAACGGAAUAACAAUCAAAAUUGCACAAUGAAUAUUACCCGGAUUAUUUUGGCGUUUCUCUACUUCGUGCUCGUCUGGACCCGUGUCAAAAGUUCGAACUGGGUAGACCAUUUGACACGGUACAUUGCCGAGGAUUCGGGAGCUCGUCAAGUGGCAUUUUUGACUAAUUUAAUGGAAAAUGAAACGAUAACGAGUCGAACGGUAAAUGAUAUUCGGAAAAAGUUGGAGAAAGAAAUUACCAUUCGGGGUAUCAACAUCGAGAAAGACCCUGAUCAAACAAACGAUUCACCAUCGAACAACGACUACGAGGAUUCUUAUGGGAUCGGUUCUGGUGCAACGCUUUUUCUGCUCGUCCAUGGAUCUUCUGAUACGCCGCCCACUCCACCGUCCAAAAGGUUCGUCAACGCUGUGGCAAACAUGGCAACUUUCCACUACAAUUCCAAAUUUUUGUUUCUGAUCGUUAAUGAAGAAUUGACCGACAGUUUUGAGGAUUUGUUAGAACAUGCUUGGACAAAGAAGUUGUUGGAUUUCACAGUUGUCGAGUGGGUCGAACCAAAAGAGCCACGAACGUUAGAACCGGAACGCUAUCAAUUGAGUCCAUCAAUUAUUCACCAGUUCAAUCCUUUCGCGAAGAAAUACACAAAAUGUGAAUGGUCUGAAAGCAACAUUCUUCUGUUUCCUAAAAAAUUGGACAACAUGCACGGAUACCCGCUCAGAAUCAGAGCCGUUGAUUCCGAGCCAUUUACAAUCGCCAAGUUUAAUGAAUUCGAUGAGCCUAUUAAAGUUGGUGGUGCAAAUAUGGAUCUGCUCUACGCUAUAGCCGAUAGAAUGAACGCAUCUUUAAAAUUUCUCCCGACAAAGCCCAUUGAAGAACGAAAUAAAUCGAUUAAUGUUCAGGAUUGGACGUAUCACCUGGGGGAACUUCAGCAAAUGGAUUUACAUUCUUAUUUGUCAACGCGAGAUAUUUCAGGCAAGUACGGAUCGUUACAAACUACUUCCAUAAGAAUCGCCGAAUUUUGUGCAAUUGUACCAGUCUUGAGUGCACCUCGAUCACACACGACGACAUCGCAUAUUUACUCCUUUUGUUUCUUCAGUGCAAUCAUUUUGAUAUACUGGAUUGUAAGUCGUGUGCUUGGACUAACUUCUCCUGUUUGGAAUCCUCUCAAUAUUGCGAACAUUCUAAUCGGAGCUUUCGAUGCUCGACCAUCACAAAAAAAUGUCGAGCGAAUCUUGUUCGUGUCCUUGCUCACUGUAUCCUGCAUUUUUUCGUCUUCUAUUUACACCGCCCUUACGAACCUGAGCUUAGAGAAGACGAGUGAAAUGGAGUUCGAUUCGAUCGAGAGUCUCACUCGAUCAGGAUUCACGCCGAUAAUCAGCCUGUUCGACUUCAACAGAACUUUUUACAAACCCGGAAACGCCAUGAAGAAUUUGAUGAAGAAAACCCAUGUUGACUCGGGGAACAUGAUGCUUUGUCCACGACGGGCAGCUGUAGAGAAAAAUAUAAUUUGUUUGAUGGACAAAGCAAGAGCUGAGGUGGCGAUUUCACGAAGUAACAGUGGAGGAAAAAAAAAACUGAAAAUCGCGAACAUACAUUUCUGGUCGGACAAUGUCGCAUUUCUAAUAGGCAAGAGGAGCCCUUAUCGCUCCAAAAUCGAUGACAUCAUACGGCGAAUGCAUAGAGCUGGACUGAUUCAGAAACUGUAUGCUGAUGCAAAAAUUACUUUGACCAAGAACGAACAUGCGGAAGAAGACGAAAACAAAACUGAAGAUAAACAGAGCAUGAUUUCUUUGCAUAAACACUUGCUGAUCAUCGCAAUUACCGGUUACGUUACAGCGCUGCUGGUAUUCUUAAUCGAACUCGUUGUACAUCAAAUGCUAAAAUUCAAGAAAUCGAAAAAUCGAAGUCGUGUCGCCUUCUUCACAUCGGCAUCAUCAUCCAAAAGGAGAAGAAAGAACAUUCCAUAAUUUUUAAUCCAAGCACGUUUGUCGUAUUAAUCAUACAAAAGAUUGUGUGUCAUUAAAAAGUGUGCAUCAAAUUCACUAAAAUAAAUAACCAGCACGAU